AUGAAUGGAAUGGAGUACGACCGCCUGCUGGCCAACGGAAACUUCCGUUUAAUUCUCGAAUGCGAGACGUCCGCCUGUUCCUCUUCCCCUCUGACGGGCGGUGAGGCGUUCGGUUGCGAUCCUCAGCGGACCGGCGGGUCGAAGAACAGACACGAGCACUGGUUCGUCGACAUGCUCAAUGGCCGCCCACUGGAACGAGGCAGGUCCGAGGCCUCUUCAAUUAUGUCGGAGGUCCCCGACUACUUGUUUGGUCUAGACAACAAUUCAGAUGAACCUAUAAAACCGAUGAAAACAAAUGUAUCAGUUUCGGACCCUGGCUCGCCGUCUCCGGCUGUGUCGUCGCCCCACUAUUCGCCAGUUGAGAACAAACCGGAAGUCGUUGACAAUCCGGUCGUGCCGCAACCUGCUUGGCAGUACGUCGAACAGGUUCCGGCGGUUUAUUACGUGCCUGGUCCGGCUCAAGGCGGUAGCUUGCCAGUUAGACCCGUUCAGAUGUCGAUUCCGUACGUGCAACCUGUGCAGCCGGCGAUGCAUGGGCAAAUUCCGGUCGGAUACAGGCCAGUGUACAUGCCAGGCGCAUAUGAUUAUCCGGUGGGGCCCUCUGGGGGGAGGCUGGAGACGUAUGACGCGGCGUCUGGUGGUGGUGGUUUGACGAGGAACAAUCCGGCGAUGAUGCCGGUGUACCGUCAGGCCGGAGAAUGACCGGUGAUAAGUGGUUCAGAUAUAAGAAUUGCGAGGAAUUCUCAGUGACGUUGAGAAUUGACUUGAGGUUAUGGGUAAUGUAUGGUCAUUAUCAUCCUGUAUCAAGAUUUCUUUGUAUUGGUUGAAUGUAAUGUGUGCUUAUCAUAUUCUGAAGAAUGUACAUGGACAUGGACCAUGGAGGCUUGCUUGCAAUAUGCAUGUUUAUAAUUGUGUGUGUUUAUUAGAUGGCCUACUUCUCGGAA